GUUACCAAAAGAGGUUCGAAUCCUUGGAUCGGUAUUCAGCCUUGUCCAGUAUGGGGUGGGUAGGUGGUUGAUUACAGAUCCUGAGAGACUGCGCGCGCGAAGAAACAUUUGAAAUCGAAAAUGGCCUCUUGAAGCUGAAGGCAGCAGAAUCUAUUUUUCAUUUUAAGAAAUACUUUCCAGACGAUGAAGAGGAGCAAAUGACUUAAAUUGAUGAUAUAGGUUCAUUGACUGCACGUGACAUAUCCAAGCCCUGAUAUUGUACUGUAAAGUACCUUAAAUUUUUUGCAAAACUGAAGUUACUUAAGGAUUCACAAUAUCACAAUGUCUACUUCCAAGCUGGAUAGUGAGCAGAGCUUGUAUGUGUACAUGCAGGAGUUUCGUCAUCAAUUUGUCAAUCAAAGCAGUGAGGAAAGGACAAGUCAUAUAGCACAGCGAAUAAAUUUAUGCAAACAGCUAAGGAAAGCCCAAAUUGAUGCCUGGUCUAAGAAAUACAGAGAUGGGGAACUAAUGAUGGAAAAAAUCCUAGAAUUUAGAAACGAUAUCCAGUUGCAGAAUAAACGCAUAGAAGAAAAGCAGAAUGAGGUUUUACAAAUCUUCACACGGAUAAAGGACAAUGAAAACGAGGAAGCAGACCUGGCUAAGCACUUGCAGAGUUUAAAGGAUGAACUGAAUCACAAACGAGAAAUUGCCCUAGCCAAUAAACGGGCUAAUAGGGACCGGCUGAAGGAGCUGCAGAAAUCCGCAACUAUGUUCAAGGACCGGCUUGGACUGGAGAUCAGAAAAUUGCGUGGUGAAAAGCUGCAGUUUGUUUUCAGAUGCAUUAACCCUAAAGACCCCGAUCAGCCGUUCUCAUGCAUAAUUUCAUUAAAUGAACAAGGAGACUAUGAAGUCACAGCGUCUGACCCGCCGUUAGAUUGCCUAGCAGAAUUUCAGGAGAAAGUGAGAGAGACAAAAAACUUCUCUGGAUUACUUGCCAACCUCCGAAAGGCUUUCACCACAUUGGUUUCUCAAGUUAAAUAACUUAUUUAUUGUUCUCUAUUAUUGUUUUAUUGUUUCUUUUUACUCUUAUAAAUAAUAUAAUAAUGCUAUAAAAUGCUCAAGUAUUUGGUAGCAAAUAUCUGUAUUUUACUAUUGUAAAAAUAAAUCUGACACUUUUAGCA